AGUUGCUUGAAGCAGCACGAAAUGGAAAUGAAGAAAAAUUAAUGGCAUUAUUAACACCCUUAAAUGUGAAUUGUCAUGCUAGUGAUGGUAGACGGUCAACACCGUUACACCUUGCUGCUGGUUACAAUCGAAUGAGAAUAGUGAACAUACUUUUACAGUAUGGUGCAGAUGUCCAUGCCAAGGAUAAAGGUGGUUUAGUGCCACUUCACAAUGCUUGUUCAUAUGGGCAUUUUGAGGUUGCCGAGUUACUCAUUAAACAUGGAGCCAAUGUGAAUGCCACUGAUUUAUGGCAGUUUACUCCAUUACAUGAAGCAGCCUCCAAAAUGCGGGUUGAAGUUUGCUCUCUUCUACUUGCCCAUGGAGCUGAUCCUUACCUUAACAACUGUCAUGAUAAAACGGCCAUUGAUAUAGCACCGAAUAAAGAACUUCAAAUAAGAAUCAUAAAUGAAUACAAGGGACACUGUUUAUUUGACGCCAUUCGCUCAGGUGAAAUAAGUCGAGUGAAAAAAUAAUAUCUGGUAUUACAUUGACUGACUGUGUUAAAUUAGUUUUAGCAUUUGCAAAAUCAAAAAUUUUCCAAAUAUUUUAUUUCCGAAUGUACCUUGGAAUCAUAUUAUUGGGAACAUUGCAUAGUUUAAUAUUCCUUCCAGUAUUAUUAAGUAUAAUUGGACCGCCACUGAAUGAACAGAGGCUUACUUUAAUGGCAAACAAA